AUGCCCGCAAAAGUUAAAGUACUCGUUACUGGGAUUACGGGAUAUAUCGGAGGCGCCGUCGUCAGUAAAUUUCUAGCUCGCCCUGACGCUUCGUCGUUCGACAUACGUGCAAUUGUACGGUCGGCUGACAAGGGGGAGAAGUUGAAAGCAUUCGGAGUUACACCCAUCAUCGGGUCGCACAACGACGAACAAGUGAUGGUGAAGGCUGCCUCGGAGGUGGAUGUCGUAAUCGCCAUGGCAGAUUGUGAUGACUUGGUAGCUGCAAAAGCUACAUUGAAAGGGCUAAAGAAACGCUUUGAAGAGACUGGGAAGCCUCCCAUUUUCAUUAACACUUCGGGGACAGGCGUACUGGCAGAUAAUGCAGCCGGACAAUACAUCACGGACACCAUUUACGAUGAUGCGGACGCGGACCAGAUUGAGACACUCGCUCCCACUCAGAUUCAUCGAAAUGUCGACUUGGAAAUCGUCGCUGCAGACAAAGAAGGAUAUGUCAAGUCGUACAUCAUCGUACCGUCUACCAUUUACUCCGUCGCGAAGGGGCCACUAUUCGAAGCAGGAAUCUCAAACCCUCAUUCUAUACAAGUACCAGCUAUUAUCAGGGCUUCUCUGGACCGCAAACAAGCCGGUAUGGUCGGUAAUGGAGUGAAUCUAUGGCCAAAUGUCGACAUUCAUGAACUUGCUGAUUUAUACAGUGUCCUAUACGACUCAAUCGUCCAGAACCCUGAUCAGACUGGUCACGGUCGAGAAGGGUUCUAUUUUGGUGCUAGUGGCGAACAUCGGUUGUAUGAUAUCGGCAAGGCGUUAGGAGAAGCUCUGGUGGAGUUGGGGAUUUCGUCAAGUGCUGAGCCUACGACAUUCUCUCAGCUAGAGCUUGACAAGUACUUCAGGGGCUCGGCCUAUCUAGGGAGCAACUCGCGAUGUAAAGCUAACAGGUCCAGAUCCGUUGGGUGGAAGCCAAAUAAGUCGACUCCGGACUUGCUCCGAAGUAUCAAGGCAGAAGUGGAAGCAUUGAUGAAGACAAAUGCCUCUCCCCAGGCAAAGAAACUCUAA